CCUGCCGCGUCGCGCUGCGCGCACAAACACUGCUCGACGCCGGCCGGUGUGUGUGUGUGCCGCUCGCUGUGACGGCGUGUGGCGUUGUGACUGUGUGACGUUGAGAAGUGUGACGGUUGGCUAGAUCGUGCCGAAGGAGGCAGGUGUGUGGGAUUGCGAUCCUGACACCCACUCGCUGAGUGUAUCUCCAACAAGUCCUGAUCGGAGCGGCGAGCCAGCCUUGGCUCGGAACACGCAGCGGGAAGAGGGAGGGAGAAGGCCGUGACGCCCUAGGAAGAAAGUCCGGGUGGAGCAGAGCUACUCCAUCACCGAUAUCAGGACGCCGCCUCAGCUACCUGCCGGUGUAAGGAAUCUUCAUCGGACCUGCAACCAAACUACCGGUCUAUCAGACGCCACUGCAAUCUAGCCCGGGCCAUACCCACAGCACCGGAACGGCGAGCUUUCGGACGACGACCGGCGCACAAUGCGCAUAGUGCUGGACAGUCUGUGGCCGCGGGAGAGGGAGAAGCCUGUCAGUCCUCUCCGUGCUGCAUCCCCGGGCUCGCCGGGAUCUCCUCAAUCAGUGAUGUCCUCAGGACAAAGUGACGGCAGUGGACGGAAGACGCGCUGGCUCACCGCCAUCGCACGCAACAAGAGCGUGCGUCGCACUUCACAGAGACUCCAGGAGUGGCUGAGCAGCGAGAGUCUGAGUCAGACCGCCGCUCCGGCCCAGUCGCCCCCUCCAGUCACCUCCCGAUCGGCCAGAGACACGGGUGACUACGGCUUUCUCGAGUUCUACUCGGGGAGCCGGCGGCGGGCUGCUGCCGGGGACACAGCGCCACCGCCGCUGCCGCCCCCGCCGCAGCAGUCGGGACCGACCCUGGCGCCCCUGUCCGACCUGUCGACGCUCAGUCGUCGAGGGAGUUACGCCGAGUUUUAUCCGGGCGCCCUGGGAAGCUGUAGUCUACCGAGAGACCUGGCUGAGGUGGCGGCUGCUGCGGAGGAGGCGGCGGCCUGGCAGCAGUCCCCGUACGAGAGGGGACGCUCCGACUGGAGGGCUCAGGGCUGGCCGUCAGGACGCGGUGGAGUGGAGAGGACAGGGGCGUGUGUCGCAGGUGGAUGAGGGAGCGUCGGCUCGCGUCAGACGCAGCGGGGACGGCCGACGCGACUGCAGGGGUCGGAGAGGGACGGUGACGGUCCACGGCGGACAGGAAGCAGCACGCUGAGGGCGACUCGCUGCGU